AUUCCUUUCAUCAUAUGGCGUACGGUGUGUUUCGUCGCGUUGAUCCGCCAUAUUAAAUGAAAUCAAUAAAACAGAACAAAAUGUCGCCUUACUAAAGUGCAUAAAGUUAUCCACUAACAUCCAAUUAUUGUGUAAUUAAAACAUCAAGAGGAUCACAAUGGAAAAUUCCUACGGUGUGGGGGUUAAUAACAGAUACGCUCUUUUUUUGGACGAUGAGUCCGAUCCUCUUGAUGCGUUAAAAGCGCGAGAGCAAGCUAAAGAGCUUAAAAAGAAGACCAAAGAAGCAGAAAAAGAAAAUAAGGGUAAGCCCGAAGCCAAACCUAAAGGUGGUACGACUACCAUCAGGAAAGGAAUCAAGGAAACCCAAAAUGUGAAAGCUCAGGAUAACAAGAGCGGCGAUCAACAAAAGAGCAAGGGUCCCGCUCGGCCAAAUGACCGCAAUGCGGAACGUCCACCACCGCGUCGCCGUGAAGAUAGGCCGCAGAAUGGCGCUGUCGAAAAUAAGGACGGAGCUCCACGACCUCCCAGACGUGAGUUUAGUGACCGCAGGCCUAACUUUGAGCGGCGCAACUUCGCCGACAAUCCGGAAGGAGCUGAACGCCGCGGGCCGAGGCCGCGAGAUACUCGUGAUCGCGACGGACCGCGCGGGCCGCGUCCGUACGACAAUCGAGGCAAGCGUGAAUUUGACAGAAGGUCUGGUUCUGACAAGACCGGCGUAAAGCCAGUGGAUAAGCGUGAAGGCGGGGGCCCACAUAAUUGGGGUACUUUGAAGGACGACCUCGACGAGCUAAACAAAACUGGAUCGGAGGGCGAAGUUGUAGAGGAGAAAGCGCCUGAAGCACCGGGUGCUGGAGCUGGUGACGGGCAGCAGCCGGAUGCUGAGAAACCUGCCCCAACUGAAGAGGAACCACGCGAGCUGACUCUGGACGAGUAUAAGGCUUUGCGGAACGCUCAGCGCACUGCACCACAAUACAACUUGCGUAAGGCUGGGGAAGGUGAGGACCUCAGUCAGUGGAAGAACUUGGUAAUGUUGGAGAAGAAGAAAGAGGGUGGCGAGGACGACGAUUCUGAUGAUGAAUACGAUAUCGCUGAUUAUCCUCAGCGCGUUGGUCGCCAAAAGCGCGUGCUCGGUAUUGAGUUUACGUUCAACGAUACAGCUCGGCGUGGAGGCACCGGUGGACGAGGGCGCGGGCGUGGACGCGGCAGAGGCCGGGGCCCGCCGCGAGACGAAGCGCCACCGGAGGAGCGCCCUGUGUCUCGUCCACAGGUAGCUCCACCGAAGGUGGACGACAGCAAGGAUUUCCCCUCCCUUGGCUAAACUCACAGUGAGCCAUCGCUCUAAUUCACAUGAUAGAAUACAAAUAAAUAUUGUAUUACCGUUAUUUUUGAACUAAAUAUACAAAAUAUUUACACAUGCGUGUAUUAUAUUACAAUUUCAUUUGUAGAUUUUGGCAUUGACUGUCUUCAAAUCUGCAAAUUAACAUUGUUGGGUUCGCUUUUAAUAAUUCAUAUAAGACAGCUCUUAACCAUGCUCUUGUUAAAUGGCAUGUACAUGAGGGGAGGAUAUUUUUAAGAGUUUAAUUUCAGUACACAUAGCUACGACAUUGCAUAUUAUGAAUCUAUGAUAACAGUAGCUUUUAUCAUAAUGUAAUCACAGCUUUUAAUAAGAUCGAAUAAUUUUAAAGUUAUGGACUGUGACAUACUAUAAUGAAUUAACUCCGUCACAACUUAGUGUAGACAUUGUGAAAAAAUAACCCUUGUUGCAUUUUAUAUCAUAAGUUUGUGUUGACAAAUGCAGACUUUGGGAAAUGUAAAUAGUUAUAUGUUUAAAAUUUAAGGUCUUAACGAGGUUGAUUUUUGUUGUUACACAAACUUCUUGAAAAAUAAACAUUUUGUAUGUGU